UUCUGUUAUGACUGAGUGAAAUCUCAUGUUCUUUGACAUUCCUUUACAUAAACUUAGCUCAUUGUCAAAUUCACUUGUUGUUUAUCUAUCACUCCCAAUCUAUGAACAGAUCAUUCAACUUCAAAUUAGAGUCCAUAAAUCUAAUGUCUUGGAGACGUUGCGGAGUAUACAUCCUUUGGCUCAGCGAAUACCGUUGGAAGACAUGGAUAUUUCCAACCCUAAAAUGUUGACUUGUGGGACGCUUGGCUUUCAUUUUAACAUGAACCUUGCUUCUCCUUUCUCUAUUACAUUCAUCCGUCUCUUCCGUUACCUAGAACGUAUGUAUGCUUUGUUGGACAUGUGUGGAAUGGAAUUUCACUCUUACGACUUCCAAAUCCAACUUCAGUACUUUUGCAAAAGUAUAUUGUACACUAGUUACGUGUGAAUAAAGAUAUCAUGACACUUUGUUUAUUGCAUUAUCUAACAAUCUGUGCGAUGUGAAUUGCUCUUACAAGGAAGACAAAUGUAUUUGGAUCCUUUU